ACAAACGUGAUAGCGAAGUAUUGGCCACCGUAGUCACUAUCCUCUCAAUAGCAUUAUGCUUAUGCACGGUGGCGCUAUUUCCGGUGGAUAUAUUUUUGGUGUCUUCUACAAUCAACCCGGAAACCGGUUUAAAACAUUCAUGGGCUACCAAGGAACAAGUUGAAAGCAUUGUGGGUGAACUAAAGUUUGUCUAUUAUGGAAUGUACGGAUUGAUUGCGUUAUUCUGUGCUGUCCUCAUCCCUUUUGCGUAUUUUUAUUUCGAAGAACUCGAAGAGGACGAAACAAAUCAACAGGCUCCUGGACUUUCCCUUCUCCCUAUAGGCAUGAUCAAAGGAACGAAACAAUAUGACAGCAUGGAAAACAUGGAAAUUGUUAAUAGCCUGGUGCUUAAUCGCGAGAAACAAAGGAUUAUUAGAUCGAAAUAUCAGGGUUCCAACGAUACGAUGUCGAGAGUUGAUACCAAAGAAUUGGAAAAGUUACAAGCCGAGGAAAGGGUUUUAGUUCAUCGUUUAAGGGAAUCAGAAGCUUCGAGGGUUGGAAUAUGGAACAAGAUUCUAUUGAUCCUUAGGCCACUUGAA